CUACUCGCGAGUACAAAUACCACACCUUCCUCCUCUCUACAUUUUCCUUUCUCCAUUUUCUCUUUCUCUCUCUACAAACGAACCCCGUCCCCCCUAACCAUCCACAGUUCUCUCUCUCUCCUCCUUCUUUCUCUCUCUUCAAUGAGAGAUUAGCGGUGCAGAUGGGCAAGUACAUGAGGAAGGCCAAGGCAGCAGGCGAAGUGGCAGUAAUGGAGGUUUCACAGGCUUCCCUCGGGGUUCGGACCCGAGCCAAGACUUUGGCCUUGCGGAGACUUCAGAAGUCGCCGCCGGCCAGGUCGCCGUCCUCGGCUCCGACGGCUACGAGUUCCGGCUCUUACAUCCAGCUCAGGAGUCGGCGGUUGGUGAAGCCGCCAAUUGUGACGCCGAGCCAAGACGGAGGCAAGAGGCAAAAACAGCAGGUGACGAAAUUGGGUUGCGUGCAAAACCCUAGGGCGAGCUCCAGCCUCAGGGUGGGUCCCGUGCCUUCUUCUGGGUCUGUUUCCAUCUCGCUCGAGCGCGUCCUGAACGAUGUCGAGAGCGGUGGCCAGAAGAAGGCUGGUGAUGAGGAGGCCAAGGAAAUUGUGGGUCACGGCGAACAUGUUCAACAAGGAAUCAGCAAUGGUGAUUUGGGUAUUGAAGAAGCUUCAUUUGGAGAGAAUGUGUUGGAAUUUGAGGGUAGAGAGAGGAGCACAAGAGAGUCUACUCCUUCCAGUCUGAUAAGGGAUCCAGAUACAAUCAGAACACCUGGUUCUACUACCAGGCCUACUAACUCAGCCGAUACUAACCGGAGAAUACAGAACUCAUCUCAGAGACAUAUACCGACCGCAAAUGAAAUGGAUGAGUUUUUUGCUGGUGCCGAAGUGGAGCAGCAAAAACAAUUCAUUGACAAGUACAAUUUCGAUCCUGUGAACGACAAACCACUCCCCGGGCGUUACUGUUGGGAGAAGGUGGAUUCCUAGACGACCGUCUGGGCUUUCCUUUCCUGCAUAUUCUUGGUUGAACUUGGUCUUAGAAGAUUUUAGACUAGCAGGAAUUAGCUUUUUUCUUUUUUUUUUUUUUAGUUGUAAAGGUGGAUGGUAUUAUUUCCAUUUUCCAUCAACCUUUCUUUUACUUGUAAAGAAGUAGGGAGUAUCAAAGAUGUGUAGACUAGACUAAUGGUCUGUAACAUAACAGAGGUUAUGAAGUACACAACAAAUUACAAAUCACAACUCCUUUGUCUAACAGAUCAUCAUCUUAAGAGGGGAAAAGAAGAAGGAAGGAGAAAAGGGUAUGAAGUAUUAGUGUUAGGUUUAGGGUUCAGUCAGGUAGGUCACUAAUGUAUCUGGUACAGCAAAAAAAAAAAUAUUUACUAGAUUUUGGGUCUCUUUGUACUGUAUUUUCCUCCUCUUCUUUGUCCAUACUUGUACUGAUGGAACUUUAGAAAAAAACUCUUAUGGAAUAAACAUGCCCCAUUUCCCCUCUCAUAA